GUCUCCCUUCCUUGUCUGGCGCGUUAGCCCGUCAGCUAGUUACGUGUAAAGCUGUUUGAAACUGCUGCUAACUGAUGGGUAGCACGGGUUUAUGUUACGUUGAGCGGGGCGUUGGAGUGAAGUAAAUAAUUCAAACCUUUAAAAUACCAUAGCGCGACUGUCACCAUUAGCGUAAUGUUGUAGAGACAAUACUACUGCUCCGUGACUGCUGAUUACUCUAGCCACAUCCAGCUCUUGUAGAGUGCACCGUGCGAGGAUCAGCCCGAUUCGGAAGUUCAGCCUGGCUUUAGAUUGUGUUUCAUUUCUUUAGUGAUUGUUUGCAGACAGAAACUAGUGGGCUUAUCGGUGGAUUGGUUCACAUCGACGCUUUCUGGAAUGCAGCUAGCUAGCUAGCUAGUUGCCAGGCGAACGUAAUGCAAUUCAGCAGGGGAAGGAAACGAGAAGAGUCGUUGCUGUUGCGGUCCAGACAAAGAAAGGCGACGAUAGCUGGUCGGAAUCAAUGAGCGUUAAAUCGAUAACGUUUUUCGGAGGGGAAAUACUUGUGUUCAGAUAACAAGCAAGAGAGAUUUUGGCUAAGUAACGUAGAUUGACGUUUGCCCGGGCGGAACAUGGCAUCAUCUAGAGCUAAGAGUGGAGUGAACAAUGAAAGCAGUUCUUUUCGGGAGGGUGCCAACAACACUGCCAGUGACACAGCCAGUCCCACACUCGCUGCGGCGGCAUCGCUGUCACUUGCCAACAGCAGGACCUAUUCGCUGGAUGACUGGGACACGGUCGCUACAGUUGGGACGGGGACCUUCGGCCGGGUCUUCCUGGUGAAGGACAAGCAGGCCCGGGGCUACUUCGCUCUCAAGGCCAUGAAGAUCCCGGACGUGAUCCGGCUGAAGCAGGAGCAGCACGUCCACAACGAGAAGGCGGUGCUGCUGGAGGUCUGCCACCCCUUCAUCAUACGGCUGUUCUGGACGCACCACGACGAGCUCUUCCUGUACAUGCUGAUGGACUACGUGCCGGGCGGCGAGCUCUUCAGCUACCUGCGCAGCCGGGGCCGCUUCAACAACGCCACGGGGCUCUUCUACUCGGCCGAGAUCGUGUGCGCCAUCGAGUACCUGCACUCCAGGGAGAUCGUGUACCGCGACCUGAAGCCCGAGAACAUCCUGCUGGACAGCGAGGGCCACAUCAAGCUCACCGACUUCGGCUUCGCCAAAAAGCUGGCCGACAGGACCUGGACUCUGUGCGGGACCCCGGAGUACCUGGCCCCGGAGGUGAUCCAGAGCAAGGGGCACGGCCGGGCCGUGGACUGGUGGGCCCUGGGGGUGCUGAUCUUCGAGAUGCUGGCUGGGUAUCCUCCGUUUUUUGAUGACAAUCCAUUUGGCAUCUAUCAGAAGAUCCUCGCUGGAAAGCUUGACUUCCCUCGCCAUCUGGAUUUCUAUGUCAAGGACCUCAUCAAGAAGUUCCUGGUCAUUGACAGGGCACGGAGGCUGGGGAACAUGAAGAAUGGAGCGGACGACGUGAAAAAGCACCGGUGGUUCAAGACCGUGGACUGGGACGGCGUACCUCUCAGGAAGCUGAAGCCUCCCAUAGUUCCCAAAGUGUCUCACGAGGGGGACACGUCCAACUUUGACGCUUACCCCGAAGAUGACUGGAAGAAGGAGCCGCCUGUGCCCGCUAAGGACUUGGAGAUCUUCAAGAAUUUCUGAGGAGGCUUGGUUAGCAAAGCCCCUGUCACAGAGCAUCCUACGGAUGAGCGAGUGAGGAGUUCUCUGCCUGUCUUAUACUUCCAAGCCUGUUUUCAUUAUGCAAGCAUCCUCUUCAACGAUCCCUCUGGAAAAACUGAAGACCUUUUUGCUUUCAGUGUGUGUGAAAGCACAAUAAUCAGGUCAUUUCUUUAUUACCUUGUUGAACAAAAAAAAAAGAGCUUAAAUGACUUUUUCUGAUAAUUUCACACACUGUUGGAAAAAAAAAAAAAAAAUUAACAUUACCUCUGAGAUCGCUUUGAACAUUACGACGGUGUGUAUAUACUGGGGGCGGUGGAGUGGUAUGUAGGUACCCAGACGAUGGCUUAUUAACUGUUCGUACUUGAACUUUUGUAGGAGGGGGAAUGUUUACCAGCACAACGAGCCUUUGUGCUUUGCGCUAAAUUGAAGGCAGAGCCAACGCGAAAACAGGGUGUCAAAUUAUUGCCACGCCGGCCGCACGCGUUUACAUCACGCACACGUUUAGCCAGCCAGUUUCAGAGAUUCACAGCGAAAGGUGGCCUUGCGUCAUACGGGAACGUGCGCUAAGAGGACACAAGCAAACGGGGAUAAUCGAACGGUACACUUGACAAUACACAGCUAAUAAAGGCUAUAUAUAAGGUGACAUGUGGACAGUGAUAUGAAAGAAAGUAACAUUUUCUGGGAGUAUGUGAUAUCCAGUUCUUCCCUUUUUUGUUUAUUGUUGUUAAUCGACUUGCACUUAUCUCCGGUUCAGUGCUGUGUUACUGUAUCUGUAACCGUUUAGCUGAAUUGUCUCUUUAGGCUUUCGGUUCUUUAGGUUUAAUAAGGCUAUCAUUGGCUAAUUGUUGGCAAUGAGGUCCAAUAAACAGCUAAGCAGGUGUUACUCAUUUAUGAACAAGGGCCCGCUGCAGGGCAGAGGCCAUCAAAGCACCCUUCGCAGGAUCAAGGUGAAGAUGCAUCCGCUGCUCGUAUCUCAGUACCCAGUAAGGAGGCUUUAAAGCCUCGUCUUUCAGAGGAGAUUCCACAUCAGGACAAGCACAAUUUCCCUCCCGAACAGGCUGGCUUUAUCCUUAGGUCAAAUCAUUUACGCCACAGAUUUUUUUUUUUUUUUUUUUUUAAAUAUAUAUUUUUUUUGUUUGUGAAAUAUUUUGAUGAAAUUAAGCACAUUUAUUCUGGUGCUCCCAUUUUCUUUUAUUCAACCUUGACUAUUCUGUAAAGCAAAGUUCUUUUAUUUAUGUUUAAUUUAAAAAAAGAAAAGAAAAAAAAUUCUUUGUACUGAAUUCUUUGUUGUUAUGAACCAUGGGGACAUUUUUUUGUAUCCACUUUUACCAAUGCCUUAUUUUUAGUUAUUUUAUUAUCGUUUUCAUUGUUUUUAAUUCUUGUUGAAUUAUGUUGUGUGAAGCAUUCAGUAUUGAUCACGUAUGACUGUUAGGAAAAUGGCCUGACAAUAGCAUUAAAGACAUAUCCUCUGAAGGCG